GUAAUCUCGCUUAGUGAAGAUGCAUCGUCUCUAUUAUUAGAUGAAAGAUUAUUGGAUUCUGAAGACACGAGAACUGGAGGGGGUUCAGGAUAUCCUGCCGGCGUCUUUGUGAAGGAUGCUCUAUCUGGUUUUGAUUCUUUUUUGUCAUGGAUAUAUGGUUGCUGUUUUAGUGCAGAAGUAGCGACCUGGUGUAGGCUCAGAGAAGUAAAACCACAGGAAGGAAGGGAAUUACUGCAGAUGCUUGAGAAGGAAUUCGGCCAUCUUCAGAGCCUAUGUGAAAGGAAAUACGGGCAUAUGGAAUAUGAAGAAGCUUUGCAGGGAUUGGAGGAGCUUUGUAUAGAAGAAAGCAAGAAAAAGGAGCACAUCACUGAACAUUCUUAUCACCCCUAUGUAACACUGCUCAGGAAACGCAGAGAUGAGCUUGUUGAAGGUACAAACGAAAGAUUGUUUGUCAGCAAUAGGUUGGAGCAUGAUGCCAUCUCGAGUGUCUUGAAGGAAGCUGAAAAACUCUAUGCUAAUCAUUUUGGAUAUCAGGAUACCCAUGCUUUGGAUACAAAUGACUUGGAUGCUGGUGAAGAGGAUCGGAGAUCGAAGGGUUAUUUACAUCAGGUGGACACAUACAUUAAGCUUGCUAUUCGAGGACAAAAGGAACAGAUGUCUACAGAGUUGUGCAAAAUUGAUGCAAGAAUUUUGCGAAAUCUUGCCAAUAUGAAGCAUCUGAAGCUCAAGCUUGAACACGCUGCUGCUCUUAAUUAUCAUCUUAUAAUAUUGCCGCUUGUAAAGUCAUUCAUGCGGGCACACAUAGAAGAUCUAGUGGAAAAAGAUGCUAUCGAGAAAUCUGAUGCAGCAAGAGAAGCAUUUUUGGCAGAGCUUGAUCUUGAUUCUAAGAAAGGCGCUGGAAGUGGAAAUGAUAGCUUCAAACAAAUGAAGGAUAAAAUGAAAGACAAGAAAAAAAGUAAAGAUCUUAAGAGACACAAUUACAUAAAAAUUGGUAGCCUUAAAGUGCCACUUGAGCCUUCUGAACAAUUUUUUCCUGCAGCUGCCACUGAUAUUGAUCGUGUGGAUUCUGACUUGGUGGCUUCUGAAAUUGGUGACAACCUCAAAGAACUUGAGGACUAUCAAAGAAAGAUUGAGUAUGAGGCAGUGGGGCGGCAGCUUGAUGAACGCUUAGAACAUCAGAUACGGUUGGAGAAUGAGGCAAAACAGAAGUUUCUUGAUGAGCAGCAUAGAAGAAAUGCUAUUGCAAGUUUUCAAGAUGUUGAGAAGUGCUUCAGUGCUGUUUCUUUCGAGCCUAGCAUCUCCGUAGCUGUAAACUGUAAGCAAAAUGUUUGUGCGGAAGAUGUUGAUGGUCAGGAUAGCAACCUGAGGGAGGGCAAUAACAGUGUUGGUAACUCGAAUGACAGGGGCGAUAGAACUGCGAGCAACUAUCUUAAACUAGGAUCAUCUGAUGGAGAAAUUUCAAAUAGAGUUUUCCGGUCAAAACGACGUACAAAAAGGAAAGGGAAGCAGGGUGGUUCCACAAAACUAUCAGAGGGAAGGUAUCAAGCUGUUUCUAAUGUGAAGGAAAAUGUAAAAUUCGUAAAUUCAUCUUCUAAAGUAAAGGAAAAUGACCAAGUCUGGAAUCAAGAUGGCUGUUUUCAUCACAGCGCAUUUAGGAUUUCAGAUGGUAACCCUAACUCUGCUGUCCAGUUCCGUGAGAGGAUGCCUUUGGUUCCAAAUUCAAGGAUGACACAAUCAAGCUUGCAAAAUGCAGAUACUCAGGAAGCUGAAGCUGGUGGCGUGAUCAGCAUAAAUGUUAAAGAAUCAAAUGUAUUUGGUGCGGGACUGCAGAAUGCAAUUGGUGAAUACAAUUGUUUCUUAACUGUUAUCAUCCAGUCCUUGUGGCAUCUACGGCAAUUUCGGGAAGAGUUUUUGAGGAUAUCACCGUCCGAGCAUGUUCAUGUAGGAGAUCCUUGUGUUGUUUGUGAGUUAUUUGAGAUCUUAACAGCAUUAUGUGUGGAAUCUGGAGAUGCAAAAUAUGAACCGGUGUCUCCUACCAAUUUAAGGAUUGCUUUAAGCAAUUUAUAUCCAGAAAGUAAUUUUUUCCAGGAGGGCCAAAGGAAUGAUGCUUCUGAAGUUCUUGCAGUAAUAUUUGAAUGCCUGCAUCAGUCAUUUACCUCUAGUUCAGGUGUUUCUAACUUGUCAGUUGAAAACACUUGCUUGGGGUCUUGGGAUUGUUACAGCCCUUCUUGUAUAGCACAUACUCUUUUCGGAAUGGACAUCUUUGAACGAAUGAAUUGCUAUAAUUGUGGUCUGGAGUCCCGGAAUAUGAAGUACACUUCAUUUUUUCAUAAUAUCAAUGCCAGUGCUCUGCGAACAAUGAAGGUAACGUGUGCAGAAAAAUCAUUUGAUGAGCUGGUAAAUUUAGUUGAAAUGAAUCAUCGGUUAGCUUGUGACCUUGAAAAUGGUGGAUGUGGUGAAUCUAACCAUAUUCAUCACAUCCUUUCAAAUUCUCCUCACAUAUUUACAACAGUUCUUGGCUGGCAAAAUACAUACGAGAGCAUAGAUGACAUUAAAGCAACAGUGGCAGCUUUGGCUACUGAGAUAGACAUCAAUGUACUUUACCAUGGUGUUGAUCCCAAGAAUGUGCAUCGACUGGUGUCUGUGGUUUGUUAUUACGGUCAACAUUACCAUUGCUUUGCUUAUAGUCUUGCCUGUGAGAGAUGGAUAAUGUAUGAUGACAAUACAGUCGAGAUAAUUGGCACUUGGGAGGAUGUCAUUUCUAUCUGCGAAAAAGGGCAUUUACAACCUCAGGUUCUCUUUUAUGAAGCUGCAAUGUAAAGGACAGGCCUAAUUUUCAUAGUUUCAGAAUGGAAAACGAACAACAUAAUUGCUACACGUAAAUAAUGCAUUGCUGCAUAUUUCUGAUCGUCUGGUUCAGUAAUCAGUAAGCCUGUGAUCUUUCAGAAAGUCGAAGAAUGUUUGACGAUUGAAAUACUAUCCUAAUUUUUUUUGCUGGAAAGAUGAUUAGAGAGAAGUUUUACUCGCUGAAGACAUCUAAUACAGCAUCGGUUCUUGGAACAGAGCCUUUUGAAGUCAUACUGGAAAAUUCUUUAAUCAAGGCCAUUGUUCCUGAGACAGUUUCAUACUGGUUUGCAGAUGGUUGACAUCAACCAUCUUUACGUAGUAUAUAGAGCCGUUUACAGGGAAGUUGGAGGAAACACCUGAGUGCAAUAGUCACAAUGGGUUACCACAAUAGGACUAGUUGACUGAUUGGAAUAUUUUUACUAGCUAAACUCUACGAUGUAUAAAUCUUAAAAAGAUUAAUCCAUUGAUUUGCCCCGUUCCUUCAUCCUCACCACCGAAAAACGAGAAUCUUGCUUCCUUCAGGAAAAUAGAACAUUGUAGACGUGAAUGUGGGCAUAAGUUUUUGUAUAGAAGUGUUGAACUUGUGCCAGACUGGAGAAGUGUUGAACGGUAUGAGGAUGUUACUGAUAAAAAAAUCAGUGGACUUCUACAAGUAAUUUGGUCUUUUUGUUGUGUGCAUUGCUCAAAGUAAUCAGAUUUCUAAUAGAAUAUUUUUUGAUCACUGGAUUGGUUGAGGUAAGGAGAAGGUUAGAUGAAAAUCAAACCCAGAAUCUUAACAGAAAAGGUAGUAUUUUGUCCAACUGAAAUAAAAUCUGAUUCUGGUUUUGUAUUAAUUUUUGAAGUAAAAGAAGAGGAUGUUACCAUCCAUGACCUUCGUAUUCCACUGUUUGUACUUUUCUUUUUCUGAAAUUAGUUUUAUUGAGCACAAAAAUCUUUUUCUAAUAUGGCUUUAAGAAUAGAGAGAAUGGCACUUAAGACGAGAUAGGUUUCAAUUUGCGAAACUUUUAUAAAAAGAUUGAAAGAA